AUGCGACUUACUACAGUGACCUCGCUCCUUGCAAUCUCCCUCUUUCCAAUCCUCUCAACAUGCGCGCCACCUUCGACCGUCCAACUUCUGCCUGACAACGUUAUUAAGACGACCCUGGGUCCCUAUGGAUCCAGCGGUCGUGGCCGCACGGGUAGCACCUCUGCGACUUCAUUCGUCGAACUCCAACUCAAUCUCUGCAACUCGGGCUUCGCAGGCUGCUACGCAAACGGCGACUCCAUCCCAGAAGGCGGCGAACUCAUCUACGCGACGGGCCCGAAUACCAUCACCGUGAACGAGAUCUGCAGCAACGAUGUGUCGGAGUUGCAGUCGUACUUGGGCGAAGCCUGGCCAACCGAUUACACGUACAGCGUCUUCAUGCCCGCGAUCGACAAGAGGACCAACGCGGCGUACAAGUGCAAGAAUGGGUUCCAGUACGGCAGUGCGGUAUUGGGCAGGGUAGAGGCGGCCAAAUGGAGCGGCGUAACUGCCUAUGGCGGGAAAUACACAUCGCAGGAUAGCAGCAACGAGCAGCGCAUCUUCGCAUGCGCGGCUGCAACGGACGACCACUUCGCCUGCGCUACGCACCUUUCGUCGUCCUCCGAGCCGAUGGCUUUGGCGCAGUGCAAGGCGCUUAUGUUCGAUGCGGUGCCGUACCUUCAGAAGGAGAGCGGCUGGAACCACAAGGCUGUUGUGGGAGGAGACUUCAAUCUUGAGUAUGAUCCGGAUGAUGCGGAGAAUGCACAGAAUUGCGUCCCCAGCGGGUGGACGAGGAAGGGUGACGGUUCGGUGCAGCAUGUGGUCUUUUCGAGCGAUUUGAAGUUUGGUAGUACAAAGAAGUACGGUUUGUCGUACACAGAUCAUGAUGGGUGGUUGGUUAAGCUAACGACCUCUUGA